ACACACGACCACAGACGCACAAAGUGUAUCAUCAUCAUUAAGGCAAUUCGCUGCUUUUGUUUUUGCCAAGGGAAUUUAUUUAAUCUUGUUUUUGCGAGGGGGAGAUGAUCCGGGGCGCGUGGAGUACAAGCCGAUAACCGCAGACUUGGAACAGUGCCUCCGUCUUUGUGGUUAUCAGUUGAAACGGCCCCUGAUAAGUCACUGUAAUCGCGCACACAGAUCUGCUCGGUUACCAGAUACAUAUAUGUAUUUCAAAGGGCCAGUGAACAUGUCGAAGCCAGCCCUGUACUACGCCACCCUGAGCCCACCAUCCCGCGCCGUCCUGCUCACGGCCAAGGCGAUCGGUCUCGACCUUGAACUGAGGCCAAUUAACCUAUUGAAGGGGGAGCACUUGACGCCGGAAUUCCUGAAGCUGAACCCCCAGCACACGAUCCCCACGCUCAUCGAUGGCGAGGCCACGAUCAUCGACUCCCACGCCAUCUGCGCUUACCUGGUGGAGAAGUACGGCCAGGAGCAGCAGCAGCUCUACCCAAAGGAUCUGGUGAAGCGCGCCAACGUCGAUGCCCGGCUCCACUUGGACUCUGGCCACCUGUUCGCCCGCCUCCGCUUCUUGUACGAACCGAUCCUGUACUACGGCUCCACGGACUGCUCCAUCGACAAGAUCGCCUACAUCCAGAAGUGCUGGGAGAUUCUCGAGGGCUUCCUGAAGGACGAUCCCUAUCUCUGUGGCAGCGAUCUGACUAUCGCCGAUUUCUGUGCGGUGGCCACUGUGACCUCUGUGAACGACGCGGCACCCAUCGACGAGUUCAAGUUCCCAAAGUUGCAGGCUUGGCUCAAGAGGCUAGCCGAGCUUCCCUACUACCAGGAGGUGAAUGGCGAUGGGGCCGAGGAACUCAAGGCCAUCUUUAAGACCAAGCUGGCCGAGAAUCGCGGAAAGUAACCAAGCAACUCGCACAUCUUCCAUUUAAAUUUUUAUUUUAAUCUAUAUGUUAUCCCGGCUUCAAUAAACUCUCAGUUCGAAGUUCUACUUUUCGAUGCCAAGA